AUGAAAGAAACGUCUGCAAACACCGUGCUGGACAGCCAGCGUAAACAAAAGCAUUAUGGAAUCACUUCUCCAAUUAGCUUGGCAUGUCCUAAAGAAAUUGAUCACAUUUACACACAGAAAUUAAUUGAUGCCAUGAAACCAUUUGGAGUUUUUGAAGAUGAGGAAGAAUUGAACCACAGGCUGGUUGUUCUUGGUAAAUUGAACAAUUUAGUAAAAGAAUGGAUUUCCGAUGUUAGUGAGAGUAAGAACCUACCACCUUCUGUUGUGGCUGCUGUUGGUGGUAAAAUUUUCACUUUUGGCUCUUAUAGGCUUGGAGUACAUACCAAAGGAGCUGACAUUGAUGCACUUUGUGUAGCUCCAAGACAUGUGGAGAGAUCUGAUUUUUUUCAGUCUUUUUUUGAAAAAUUGAAGCACCAAGAUGGCAUUAGAAAUUUAAGAGCUGUAGAAGAUGCCUUUGUUCCUGUUAUAAAAUUUGAAUUUGAUGGAAUUGAGAUUGACCUAGUUUUUGCAAGACUGGCAAUACAAACCAUAUCAGAUAAUUUAGAUCUAAGAGAUGAUUCUCGACUGAGAAGCCUUGAUAUAAGGUGUAUUCGCAGCUUAAAUGGAUGUAGAGUUACUGAUGAAAUUUUGCAUUUAGUGCCAAAUAAAGAAACUUUUAGACUCACCCUGAGAGCAGUCAAAUUAUGGGCAAAAAGACGUGGUAUUUAUUCCAACAUGCUGGGAUUCCUUGGUGGUGUCUCUUGGGCAAUGUUAGUUGCAAGAACUUGCCAAUUAUAUCCAAAUGCAGCAGCUUCUACUUUAGUUCAUAAGUUCUUUUUAGUGUUUUCCAAGUGGGAAUGGCCAAAUCCUGUGCUGCUAAAGCAACCCGAAGAAAGCAAUUUGAAUUUGCCUGUUUGGGAUCCUCGAGUAAAUCCAUCAGAUAGGUAUCAUCUCAUGCCCAUAAUCACCCCUGCCUACCCACAACAGAAUUCUACGUACAAUGUGUCCACAUCAACUCGAACAGUAAUGAUAGAAGAAUUUAAACAAGGUCUUUCAGUCACAGGUGAAAUUCUUCAAGGGAAAUCAGAUUGGUCCAAACUACUUGAGCCACCAAAUUUUUUUCAAAAGUAUAGACAUUAUAUAGUAUUGACUGCCAGUGCAUCAACAGAAGAAAACCAUCUCGAGUGGGUUGGAUUAGUAGAAUCAAAAAUUCGUGUGCUUGUUGGAAAUUUGGAAAGGAAUGAAUUUAUUACUCUUGCCCAUGUAAAUCCCCAGUCAUUCCCAGGAAAUAAGGAACAUUAUAAAGACAAUAAUUACGUAUCAAUGUGGUUCCUUGGAAUAAUUUUUCGGAGAGUAGAGAAUGCAGAAAGUGUUAACAUAGACUUGACAUAUGAUAUACAGUCAUUUACUGAUACAGUGUACAGACAGGCAAACAACAUAAACAUGCUAAAGGAGGGAAUGAAAAUUGAAGCAACUCAUGUUAAAAAAAAACAACUUCAUCACUAUCUUCCAGCAGAGAUCCUUCAAAAGAAGAAAAAACAGAGUCUUUCUGAUAUCAAUCGUUCAAGUGGACCUCAAUCCAAAAGAUCAUCUCUGGAUAGCAAUUGUUUGGAUAGCUCUAGAGACACUGAUAAUGGAACACCUUUUAAUUCCCCAGUGUCUACAAACAAACCUUCCAAGCCUGAUAUUUCUCCUUCAAGAGAAACAGAAAGGAAUAACACUGAACCUGCUGCUGUAAUUGUGGAAAAGCCGUUGAAUGUUCCGCCAGCUCAAGGACUAUCUAUUCCAGUCAUUGGUGCAAAAGUUGACUCUGUAGUAAAAGCUGUUUCACCCCCAGCUGUGUGCACCAUUCCUACUGUCGUAGGACGAAAUGUUAUUCCUAGGACCACAACACCCCACAACUCUAUCCAGGGACAACUACUUCUAAAUGGGAUGGCAAAUAUAACUAAAAAUUUGCCCAAAAGGUCCCAUUCCCCAUCUACAGAUAUGUCUUCAAAGAGAAUAAAAGAUAUAGAAAAGUUUCUUCGACUUGAAUCAAAGUUUCAGGAAUCGCGUGCUACUGAAAACAGAAAAAGAAAAUCAGUGGAUGCCAUUGGGAGAGAAUGUAUGCCUAUUCCAACUAUUGAUACUUCACGCAAAAAGAGACUGCCCAGUAAAGAACUACCAGAUUCAUCAUCUCCAGUUCCAGCAAAUAACAUUCGAGUCAUCAAAAAUUCUAUUCGACUAACUCUUAAUCGGCUAAGGCUGCAUUGA